UCUCUUCAUUCAAUUAACCACCAUCAUUUUCUCUUCGUUAUUUUCCCUUCACUUUUUCCUCCAUAAAAUGCCUAGCUUAGCCGCUGUUGAGCCUCCCUUCGGAGAUUCAACCGACCGCCACGAUCAACCCUCCCGUCAUCCUCGGGAUUCGCGUGACCAGCUUCCUUCUUUAAUGUCUUCUUGUCAUCCCAUCACUCUCAAGUUUGUCGAUAUUUCUUACCGGCUAAAGAUGGAGAACAAAACGAAAGGGAGCAGCAUCAGACGCAUGAUUAACCAUGGACUUACAACGCCUAAUCAAAGAUCGACGACUAAUCUUCAAGAGAGAACAAUUUUAAACGGAAUCACAGGCAUGGUUUCCCCCGGUGAAAUCUUGGCCGUCCUUGGCCCAUCCGGGAGUGGAAAAUCAACGCUUCUGAAUGUACUUGCAGGGAGACUCCAAGGACAAGGCUUCACCGGAACAAUCCUUGCCAACAACAAAAAACCAAAUAAACACAUAUCAAAACUCACCGGAUUUGUCACCCAAGACGACGUCCUUUACCCCCAUCUCACAGUCCGCGAAACCCUAAUCUUCUGCUCCCUACUCCGCCUCCCAAACACACUAACAAAAGAGGAAAAAACUUCAAACGCUGAGUCAGUCAUCACCGAGUUAGGCUUAACGAAAUGCCAAAACACGAUAAUCGGAAACAGUUUUAUUCGAGGCGUGUCUGGCGGAGAACGAAAGCGAGUAAGUAUAGCUCACGAGAUGUUAAUAAACCCUAGCCUGCUGAUUGUCGACGAACCUACGUCGGGCUUGGACGCGACGGCUGCUUAUCGACUGGUAUUGACGUUGGAGUCGCUGGCGCAGAGAGGAAAAACUAUAAUAACCUCUAUGCAUCAACCGUCGAGCCGAGUUUUUCAGAUGUUUAACUCUGUGAUGUUGCUGAGCGAGGGGAGGUGUUUGUAUUUUGGUAAAGCCAGAGACGCCAUGGGAUAUUUUGCUUCGGUUGGAUUCUCGCCGUCUUUCCCCAUGAAUCCCGCUGAUUUUCUCCUUGAUCUCGCUAAUGGUGUGUCUCAUUCUGAUGGAGCAAGCGAAAGAGAUAAGCCAAAUGUAAAGCUCUCUCUGGUUAAUUCCUACAACAAUUUAUUGGCUCCAAAAGUGAAAGCUCUAUGUAUGGAAGCAGCAAAUAUUCAAUCAAAAGAGGCAAAUUUUAUAUGCCAUUCUUCCUCGAGGGAACAUCGGAAUAAUAAUUACACAUUCGGAGUUUCCACAUGGUUGAAUCAAUUCACCAUUCUCCUCCAGAGAAGCCUGAAAGAACGAAAACAUGAAUCUUUCGACGCCUUAAGAGUCUUCCAAGUGAUUUCAGCUUCAUUAUUAGCCGGAUUGAUGUGGUGGCACUCUGACAACCGAGACAUUCAAGAUCGCCUCGGACUCUUCUUCUUCAUUUCGAUCUUCUGGGGAGUUUUGCCUUCGUUUAAUUCAGUUUUCGCCUUCCCUCAAGACCGCGCAAUAUUUUUGAAAGAGAGAAUGUCUGGUAUGUACACUCUUUCGUCGUAUUUCAUGUCGCGAAUCAUCGGCGACUUGCCAAUGGACCUCAUUCUCCCCACAGUUUUCCUCAUAGUGACCUACUGGAUGACCGGAUUAAAGCCCGAAUUCGGAGCUUUUCUGCUAACCCUUUUGGUGCUUCUCGGCUAUGUGCUCGUCUCUCAGGGGCUUGGCCUCGCUUUAGGGGCAAUUAUAAUGGACGCAAAGCAGGCGUCAACCAUUGUCACUGUCACAAUGCUAGCGUUUGUUCUGACAGGUGGGUAUUAUGUGCAUAAAAUGCCGUCGUGCAUGGCGUGGAUUAAGUACAUUUCGACCACGUAUUACACUUACAGGCUGCUGAUCGACGUUCAAUAUGGCAACGGCGGGAAAAUCUCAGCUCAAUUGGGGUGCUCGUUACGCCAUGGAUCAAUAGGCGGAGACAUGGAAAAUGCGAAUUGUAAGUUUGUUGAAGAGGAUAUUGUGGGGCAAAUUAGCCCUGCGGUGAGCGUUGGAGUGUUGUUUUUUAUGUUCGUGGGAUAUAGAUUACUGGCUUACCUUGCCUUGAGGAGACUUUGAUUAAUUGAAGCAACUUUCUGAAGAUGGCGAUUGGAGAAAUUUGUUGAUGAUGAUGAGAUCGCUGUUGAAGAGGGGUUGAUUUAGAUUCACACUAACUCAUGUAAUUUAAGCCAUUCUAAGAUGGUUUAAUUCCGAGAGUAAAUGUAAAAUAAACAAGUUCUCUAUUGUUUUACACGCAAAUUAAUGCCAACAAUAGUAUGCUUCAUUUCCUU